CCCGCUGGCCCUCUGCGGGCGGGCGGCACUCGGGCACCGCACGCUCUGGGCCAGCAGCCGCCAGUCCGUCCGCCAGCCGGGGCCAUGGGCUGCGACGGCCGCUUGUCCGGGCUGCUCCGCCGCAACCUGCAGCCCACGGUCACCUACUGGAGCGUCUUCUUGAGCUUUGGCCUGUGCAUCGCCUUCCUGGGGCCCACGCUGCUGGACCUGCGCUGCCAGACGCACAGCUCGCUGUCCCAGAUCUCCUGGGUCUUCUUCUCGCAGCAGCUCUGCCUCCUGCUGGGAAGCAUCAUCGGGGGCGUCUUCAAGCGGACCCUGGCCCAGUCCCUGUGGGCUCUCUUCUCCUCCUCUCUGACCAUCUCCCUGGUGUUCGCCGUCAUCCCCUUCUGCCGUGAUGUGAAGGUGCUGGCCGCCGUCAUGGCGCUGGCGGGCCUGGCCAUGGGCUGCAUCGACACCGUGGCCAACAUGCAGUUGGUGAGGAUCUACCAGAAGGACUCCGCCAUCUUCCUCCAGGUUCUUCAUUUUUUUGUGGGUUUUGGGGCUCUGCUGAGCCCCCUUAUCGCCGACCCCUUCCUUUCGGAGGAGGACUGCUUGCCUGCCAAUGGCACAGCCAACGCCACUUCCAGCAGCCACCUCUUCCAUGCCUCCAGGGUCCUGGGCCACCGGUCUUGGUCGAACGGGACGCUCCCUGGGCAGUCCCCGCCAGACCGAGCAGGAACCCGUGUGUCCUACGCCUUCUGGAUCAUGGCCCUGAUCAACCUCCCGGUGCCCAUGGCCGUGCUGUUUCUGCUGUCCAAAGAGCGGCUGCUGACCUGCUGCCCUCAGAGGAGGCCGCUGCUCCUGUCUGCAGACGAGCUCGCCCUGGAGACACAGCCUCCAGAGAAGGAAGACACGUCCUCGCUGCCCCCAAAGAUUCCGUCACAUCCAGCACACGAGGACCUGUUCAGCUGCUGCCAGAGGACGAACUUCAGAGGAGCCCCUUGUUCCUUCUUCGCCAUCCACAUCGUAGCCGCCCUGGUCCUGUUCAUGAUGGAUGGGAUCACGGGGGUGUAUUCCACCUUCGUGUACAGCUAUGCCGUGGAGAAGCCGCUGUCUGUCGGACACAAGGUGGCCGGUUACCUCCCCAGCCUCUUCUGGGGCUUCAUCACCCUGGGUCACCUUGUCUCCAUUCCCAUCUCCUCCAGGAUGAAGCCAGCCACCAUGGUUUGCAUCAACGUGGUUGGCGUGGUGGUGACGUACCUGGUGCUUCUUGCUUUACCCUACAAUAUCAUCUUCCUGUACGUGGGGACGGCCAGUCUGGGACUGUUCCUUAGUAGCACCUUCCCCAGCAUGCUCGCCUACACGGAGGAUGCCCUGCAGUACAAAGGCUGUGCGACCACAGUGCUGGUGACAGGGGCGGGAAUUGGCGAGAUGGCCCUCCAGAUGCUGGUUGGUUGGAUAUUCCAGGCUCAGGGCAGCUACAGCUUCCUGGUCUGUGGCGUGAUCUUUGGUUGCUUGGCUUUUGCCUUCUACAUCUUGCUCCUGUUUUUCCACAGGAUGCACCCUGGACUCUCAUCAGUUCUCACCCAGGACAAACCUCUUGGAGUGGAAAGCUCAGAGUGCUACCAGAGGUAAAAGUGGGUGAAGGCGGCAGGCGAAGACACCUGGCCUCUCGAGCACCAGCGGAGACCGAAGUGUGGAAGGGCGCCGGGGCGGCCGUGGAGCAGCCUCCGACCCCUCGGUUCGGACUUCUGCACACUGGACACUGGCAUAGAAGAAAUUAAACCGGGCUCUGGUACCUGGGUCCUCCCUGGGCAAAUCAUUAGAGGUGCACCUGGCUACUCAAGUUCCUUUCCUCGUUCCUGGUUCUGGCUUUUGGUCAGAGCUGUCUGCCUGGGAAGGAGGCAAACAGUCAUCCGCUUCACGCCACUGGCUGCCUCCUGGGUGGACCACACUCUGGGUUUGAAGGUCACUCUUAGUUGAAUUUGAAAAUACAGGUUGAAAUUAUAAAGCUCGGUGAUCAUUGCUGUAUGUAGAUGCAUUUUAAGUUAAUCAGAACAAAUUCAUGGCAUGCUCUCAGGGUUUGUGUGCUUUUUAUUUAUUAACAGUCCAACGUCCCUCAAAUUCCUGCUGCUGACAUCAGUAGUUUGUCCGCAAUCCAAAACAGUAAAAGGAAAACUUGAAUCUUGCUGUCUUUGGGACACUAAUUCAGUGAUAUGCUGGGCUAGCUUCUACGGGCUUAUAAAAGCUGAUUGUUAAACUUUCUUUUUAAAAGCUAUUUGUUAAAUACAGCCAUUAUUAAAAAUUAAAUUAUAGAAACUUAAAAUACACGAAAAACAAAGGUAAUAGUUACUCAAAACUCAUCACUUCCUAAUCUUUCUACGCCUGUGUUCCUGAAGCAAUGUGUGACUGUCGUGCCCGUGUGGUGCGCACACUGUGCAAAGGAGUGUCGCUGGGUGUCUCCCUCGGGCUCCCCUCUCAGGGGCACGGUGUUGGUGGCUGGAGAUCGGCCAUGGUGGGAGUACUGACACCACAGCAAUUGGCAAAAGCUACCAAUCAUAGCUAGUCUCACCUGGAGAGCCCGGUGGUAAACAUCUGCCAGCACACCACUGCUAGUAGUCAGUGCUAACUGGUCCAGAAGUUGCCUCGAGACUGAGAUGGAUGUUCUGUCUUUCUUUACUGACACUGACUAGCUUAUAGAAGGUAUAGAAACGGCACUGAGGAUUUCUCAAAAAUAUCCAAUGUAAAUUUACAUCUUCUAUAGAGGAAAACAACUCUUCACUGGCAUACCUCAGGGAUAUUGGGGGUUCAGUUCCAGACCAUCACAACGAAGCGAGUAUCGCAAUAAAAUGAGUUGUCGUCUUUUUGCUGGUGGAGGCUCUUGCUUUCAAUUUGUAAAAAAAUGCAACAUCUGUGAAACGCAAUAAAGUGAGUCCCAAUGCAACGAGGUAUGCCUGUGUACCACGUCAAGUUCUUUAACAAAAACAGGAUUUUGGAACAAUUCAGGCUGUGUAGUAUACGGAAGCUGUGCCUGACUGUCAAGCAAAUCCCGUGCAAAGAAGGCAAACUCAGAGACUUGGCGAGGGAGAGCAGCUGCGCUGGGUUGUGACGUGGCUGUGACAAGGACUGUGCACCAGUUCGCCUGCACUUGUGCAUAUACAAAUGUACAUGUAUAAAAACAAGUGGAUCACGACUCUCAGUAACCUGCCCCAGUACUGCGGGUCACAUGCCCGACACGGGAAGUUUAUCCUGGAACUGUGGGCACUGUCCUGGAAGCCAGCUCCACCUGCCAGCAGCCUGGUGCGGUGGUAAGAACCCGGCUGUCCAGAGACCUGGUUCAAGCGUUGGUCUCAGCGUCUGUCUCUGUGGCAGAGAGAUCACUGAGGCUCUUCCAGCUUUGCUUGUUUUAAAAAUCUGUAAAGUGACAUUUCUAAAAGAAUCUUACCCUACCUCAAAGGAAUUCUGAAAGAAUUAAGUGAAUUUGUAUAAACCAGUUAUUAUAUGCCUGACAUAGAAACUGCUUCAUAAAUGUUGGCAAUUUUUAUUUUUAAAACCUGUAAGCAGCUUAGAAAUUGUUCAUGUGUUUGUUACAUAUUUACUGUAAGCCAAACAGGUCCCGACUCUUUUGAAAGCUGGUGGCCCAGGGCUGUGGUUUGAGCUGUGUCUGCAGACGGGGAGAAGCAUGAGAUGCCCACCGGACUUGAACCUGCAGCCCGACUGCAGGGAGUGGCUGACUGGGACGAAAAGGAGACAGCUGGAUUUUUCUCAUGGGCUUUCAAGAAAACAUCCCUUUUAUACAGAUUUA